AUGGCCGGGGCGCUGGAACGCCCGUGGACGGCGUGCGUGGGCUUCCUUCCGUUGGCCGAGUAUGUCGAUGCGCGCGAUGCAGACACUAUCCUUUGGCUGGAUAUUGGUACGUCGCUUCUCUCACCAGACAAUACGCUGUACUCCCAGGUCGAGACGCGGAUUGCCGACCAGAUGGCGGUGCUUAUCCGCGACUACUUCCGGACGCUGGGCCUGGAUAAGGACGAGGCCGAGGCGCUGCACAUGCACUACUACAAAGAGUACGGCCUCGCGAUCCGCGGCCUCGUGAAGCACCACACCAUCGACCCGAUGGACUACGACGAAAAGUGCGACGGCGCGCUCCCGCUCGAGGAGAUCUUGCACCCGGACCCUGCGCUCAUUGCGCUCCUGCGCCGCAUCGACCGCAAAAAAGUGCGCGUGUACGCACUGACGAACGCGUACAAGCGGCACGCCCUGCGUGUUCUCUCCUUGCUCCAGCUCGAUAAGCUCGUGCAGGGCGUCGUGUACUGCGACUAUACGAUCACUGAUUUCUCCUGCAAGCCCGAGCGCGAAUUCUACUCGGCGGCCGAGGCGGCGGUCGGCGCGCGGAGCGACGCGCACCACUACUUUGUCGACGAUAGCCUGAACAAUGUGCGCACGGCCCAUGCGCUCGGCUGGCAGUCGUGCGUGUAUUACGACGAGCUACAUCCCAGCAACGAGGCGUACACGCAGCCCGACGGCAUCGUCACCCACAUGGCCUCGGACGGUCUGCCGACCCCGCGGCGUAGCCCCUUUGCGUCGUUCGACAUGUCGGACUACCCUGCCGCGGCCAUCGAUCCGCAGAGCAAUGUGACGCUGGGGGAGGACGCGUUCCCCCCCCACAUCCCUGAGAGCAUGCGCGGGCGCCCGCUGUCGACUCUGUACACCAAAGGCGAUCCCCACCGCGGCGAAAUACCAAGCAAGCAGAUGCUGCUGCUCGAGAACGUGCCCCCGCUCGUACCCCCGCCGCGGCCGAUCAGGGCACCCUCGCUGCCGCCCAAGUCCUGGAAGAUCUUUCCGUGGACGCGCAAGGAGAACGGCUCGCGGUCCUCGGCAGAGGAUGCGGCGCGCCCGGACAAGCAGCCGCUGGGGGCUGACUGGCGCCCUGCGCCGUACGAUGCGUGGUCGCCGCCGCUUUCCGAGCUGAUGCGCACGCCCGAGCCGGUGCCCAGGGUCCAGUACGCCUUUACGCACCCCCACCGCCACUCGGGGCAGGCGAACGACCACGGGCGCGAUGCGAUGCUGGCGUCGCGCCAGACGAUGGUGCGCAACGCGUUUGUGCGCGCUUGGCAGGGGUACAAGGAGCACGCGUGGGGCGCUGACGAGCUGCGGCCCGUGUCGAUGCGGCCGAACAACAACUUUAAUGGAUGGGGCGCGACGAUUGUCGAUGCACUUGAUACCCUGCUGGUGAUGGGCCUGCACGACGAGUACAACCUCGCGCGGCACCACGUCCACGAUGUCAACUUUCACUAUGUCGGCGGAGAGCGCAGUGCGUACGGAAAUUCGGAUGGGCGCGUGCCGGUAUUUGAGACGGCGAUCCGGUACCUCGGCGGCCUGCUGUCCGCGUACGACCUCACCGGCGACAAUCUGAUGCUCGAUCGCGCAGAGGAGCUCGCGCAGCUCAUCUUGCCUGCGUUUGAUACGCUGAGUGGCCUCCCGGUCGGGCGCAUGAAGAUCGACGACCCGGCCAACUACACGGCCAAGAAGCCGCGGGGGCACCACGAGAGCAUCGUGCUGGCCGAGGCAGGCAGCAUGCUCCUCGAGCUCACGCGCCUCUGGCAGGUGACCGGCAAUCGUACCUACUUUGACCGCGUGCAGCGCGUCACCGACUACUUUGACCGGAACAUUACGAAAAAGAGCCGGAUGGGCACGCUGGUCUCCACGCGAGUCUAUCCGGAGUCGCUCGCGCUCAGCGGCAAGUACACGUUCGGAGGGCAGGCGGACUCGUACUACGAGUACCUCAUCAAGGAGCACCAGCUGCUCGGCGGCCGCCUCGCGCAGUACCCGCGGAUGUACAGCGACGCGAUCGACUCGGCGAUCGAGUACCUGAUCAAGGACGUGGAAGUCGUGCCGAACGCGCCGUCGCUUGCGAUCAUCACCGAGACGUGGGGCCCCAACGCGCGGUACGAGCCCAAGCUCGAGCACCUCGGCUGCUUUGCGGGCGGCAUGAUGGGCCUAGGCGCGCGUCUCUUGCCGCACCGCACGACCGAUAUGAAUGUCGCUCGGCGCCUCACCGAGACGUGCUAUUGGGCAUACAACGGCUCGCGCACCGGUAUGGGGCCGGAGGAAAUCAUCUUCUUUCGGCCCCGCGACACGGACCGGUACCAGAUCAAGCAGGGCGAGAACGGCACGCGCCACCGCGGCGAGGCGGAGGGUUUUCCCCAGACGGGCGUGCGCAACGGAUUCGGGCCGCACUACAACCGCCCCGAGACGAUCGAGAGCGUGUUCUACAUGUGGCGCCUCACCGGCGACCCCGUGUGGCAGGAGCGCGGCUGGCAGAUGUUUGCCUCGUGGAUGACACACAGCCUCGUCACCGGCGGCGUGUCGGCGCUCGGCGACGUGCACCGUAUUCCCGCCCUGCACACCGACAGCAUGGAAAGCUUCACGCUCGCCGAGACGUUCAAAUACUACUACCUGCUCUUUUCUCCCCCGGACCUGGUCUCGCUCGACGACUUUGUAUUUACUACCGAGGCCCAUCCCCUGCUUACGCCCCGCAAGGGAAAAUAUGCACGCGCAGGGGACAUUCCUGCGAGCCUCCAGAAAUGGAUACCCCCGCCCCCGUGCGAGGGCGAGGCGUACUGCGGCGGCGAGGGCCUCUUGCGCGGCGGCCUCUCCAACGCCCAAAAACACGAUCUGUACGAGCGGCUGCGGGCCGCAUCGACAACCGCCGACAAGGAAAAACAGCGCGUCACAAAAGCACCCGACGCGGGCGUGCCUACCGACACGAUCCCCAAGUCGGUCCGGGAAAAGGUGAGCGAGCUCCUGGACCACUUUCACGCCACCCAGCGGGCGGACGACCCUGCUCCUGCUCCGUAG